AUGGCGGCCGAGCGGGCUCCGCCGGCCCGGGCCCAACCUCCGCCCCCCGGCCCCGCUGCCGGCCCCGCUCCCGCUCCCGCUGCGGGCCCGGAGCCCGCGGCACGAACCGGCCUGAGCCUGCCGGGCAUCCUGCACUUCAUCCAGCACGAGUGGGCGCGGUUCGAGGCGGAGAAAGGGCGCUGGGAAGCGGAGAGGGCCGAGCUGCAGGCGCAGGUGGCGUUCCUGCAGGGCGAGCGGCAGGGCCAGGAGAGCCUCAAGCUGGACCUGGUGCGGCGCAUCCGGAUGUUGGAAUUCGCCCUCAAGCAGGAGAGGUGCAAGCUGCAGAAGCUGAAGUUGGGGCCGGGGGAGAAGCGCCCGGAGGAGCCGCUGUCCAACGGCCCCGUGGAGCUGGAGGGAGCCUGGAGGGACGGGAGGCGGCUCCUGCGCCAGAACGCCGGGAAGGAGCCGAGCCCCCCCCCCCCCGAGGAGGACAGCGACGAGGAGGAGCCCGAGGGCCCCUCCACACCUGGGGACACUUUGGGGACACCUGGGGACAUCAGAGAGAGCCACCGGUGCCACCUGCGGGACGGGGACCUCGGGCCACCACGGCCACCCGAAGGGCUCCCGGCCGAGCCGCUGGCCCUGGACGGCCUCGGGGACCUGGCGGAGCUGACGGUGACAAAUGACAACGACGGCGGUGACGUGCCGUGCGGGCGGCCGCGGCGCAGCUGGAGCCCGCGGCUGACGCUGCGCAGCCACUUUGACGCCGUGCGGGCGCUGGCCUUUGUCCCUUGUCACCCGGCGCUGGUGACGGCCUCCGAGGACGCCACCCUCAAGCUCUGGGACCUGCAGAAGCCGCUGGGCCCCAAGAAGAGCGCGGCGCUGGACGUGGAGCCGGUGUACGCCUUCCGCGGGCACAGGGGCCCGGUGCUGGCGGUGGCGGUGGCGCCGGGUGACACGGGUGACAGCGGUGACACCGGGCUGUGCUGCAGCGCCGGCGUGGACGCUCGGAUCCGCUGCUGGCGCCUGCCCGGGCUGGACAGUGACCCCUACGAUGGCUACGACCCGCGGGUGCUGCGGGCGCUCCUGGAGGGUCACGCCGACGCCGUCUGGGGCCUGGCGUGGGACGGUGGCCGUGCCCAGGUGAACCAGGUGCUCGCCCACCCCUGGCAGCCGCUGACCAUCACGGCCAGCGAUGACGGCGCCAUCCGCUACCUGGACAACCGCACAGGCUCGGUGGUGCACUCGGUGGUCGCUCACCUGGACGCCGUCACCUGCCUGGCCCUGGACAGCAGCGGCAGCGUCCUGAUGUCCGGCAGUGAGUGA